CCCAGCCAGCGAAGGGCAUGAGAGAAGAGAAAUUUUUUGGUGCAUGUGCUUUGUCGCCGUAAUAUAUUGAUAAUUCCGGCGAGAUCGCUCCAGCGAGACGAGCUUGCUCAAGCGGUCAGCCGGUCACGCCCCUUACCCCUCUCUCUCCAUCGGCGUUUCUCACUUCUUCUUGUCUUACCUCCUGCAAAAGCGAAGCCAUGAACAUGCAGUAGAGAGUUGCAAACAAAGCACCACCAACGAGGGAGCUCAGAAGAAGAGUUUCUCUAUUUUCGUGUGCUUUUUUAUGUAAUCCUCUUUACGGGAAGACGCAAUGCCUGCGCAGAAACGUUCUUCGGAGAAUCUAGAGGAGGAAUCCCAACAGCGCCACCACUAUCAACAGCAAAACCACCACCAAAACCAGUCACACAGGGAAGAAGGAGUGGACGAAGACGAUGAUGGAGAAGAGGAUUUCGAUGGAAGCCCUUCGUCCAGUGGCGGAGAUAAAGACGAAUUUGUUUUAGUAAGGUUAUCAGAUGUGCGCAAAGAAGUGCAAUGCCCAAUAUGCCUAGGUAUAAUACGGAAGACACGAACUGUAAUGGAAUGCCUGCAUCGAUUUUGCAGGGAAUGCAUUGACAAAUCAAUGCGACUGGGGAACAAUGAAUGCCCUGCUUGCCGCACACAUUGUGCAAGCCGUCGUUCUUUGAGGGAUGAUCCAAAUUAUGAUGCUUUAAUUGCAGCUUUAUAUCCAGAUAUUGAUAAAUACGAGGAAGAGGAGCUGGCCUUUCAUGAAGAGGAGAAGAAUCGCAAUAAGCAGGUUUUCCUGGGACAGAUCCAAGCAUCUAUUGCCCAGACUUUACGGCGACAAUCAGAAGCACUUGGCAGGAGACGCACCACAGCUAAAGCCACUGCAGCUGCAUUUGUGAGAAAAUCUCAGGGUAACUAUCGAAAUUUGAGAGGGAGGAGAAGCUCUCGUGGAUCUGAAAUUCAAGGAUCUGAUGAUGAUGAUGAGGCAAAUGGUGAUGGAGGAAAAGAUUCCUCUUCUGCAGACGAACGCUCUACAGAGGUAAAACCAAAACGGUGCAGGAGAUGGGGAGGACCCAGGUUCUCUCAGUCUUUUUCAGCAGCUGCAAAUGCAGAUGGGGGUUGUGAUGAAAAUGAUGACUUAGAAGGGGGCAGAGAGAGCACAGGUGCAUCUCCUGGCCGUAUCGGGAAUCCAGAAGUACUGGCUUGGGGUAAAGGUGGUGUGCGGAGCCACACCAGAUAUGGUAGUGUAAGUGGUAGCAAUAGUAAGAAUGCCAGGAAUCGCCUGUCUAGGUUGGUAGAUUACCUGCGAAACUUGGACGAAAAUGAAGAUGAGCUGGAUGUACAUCUCAUGCUUGUGCCAUUGGAUGAACAAAGUAUGCCAAGUUUGCAGCGCCCAUACCUUUGCUGCAAGCCGACCUUGUCAGUGAAACACCUAUGCCAAUUUGUAGCCCUCCAAACUCCAGUACAAGCUGAAGAAGUUGAAAUAUUAGUGGUAAAAGAGCCCCACCAUAUGACUGCUGAUCAAUGUGGAUCUGGGCUUGAACCUUCAACCUCCAAGGAUGAUCAUUGCAAAAAUGGUGUGCAAAUAUUGGAAGAGCAAGAAACUCUGGCAGGGAUUCAAGCUAGUUGCACCUCCAGUCGAGGCAAUCUGGUUCUGACUUAUAGGCAGAAGGUAUCAAGUUAGGAAGAGUACAUGGUGACUUAAAUUAUAUAGAUACAAACAAAGACCUCUCAGGCAAUAUAGUUCCUGAUGAAGCAUUGUUUGUCAAGAACAGAAAAAAAUAACAGCUUAUGCAUGUCGUGGUCUGUGCAGCUCAUAUUUAUGUAUGUAAUGUAGCCUUUUUUCUUCUUUUUCAUGUCAUACUCUUGGUUCUGCCCCUCUGCGUGUUAAUGAUUCAUCUCGUGCUUUUAACACUUA